AUGUCAUCUCGCGAUGAGUACUCUUCGGACGAGGAGGAUAUCUACGACUCUGGAAAAGGUUCACAAGUUCUAUUAGGUUUUGUAGACGGUGCAAUUACUAAUGAUGAUUUACCAACCAUUGAAGACACAUUCAUUGGAGGGCAACCAGUAUGGCUACAUCCCGAUUCCAAACCACCAGAAAGCUAUUUAAUCUGUGAUCAUUGCCGCCAGAAACUUGCACUAUUAGUCCAGGCAUUUGCACCGAUUGAUGGCAAGAUAUAUGAUAGGGUUAUUUAUACGUUUGGGUGUAAGACCUCCACCUGUGCCAAACAAAAAGGAAGUGUCAAGGUCAUAAGAGGUAUAAAUAAGAGUCCCCAAACGGUAAAGAGGAUAAAAGAAGAAAUAGAGGAGGCAAAUGCAAAACUUGUUGAUGAGAAAUUGAGACUUGACAAUGUAAAGAAAUUGAAUGAGGAAAUGACAAAAAACUUGUUCAAAAGGGACGAGAGUGGUGUAUUUUCUGCAAAUCCUUUUGGUGGUAAUCCCUUUGAAAAAACUGAGGUACUGAAAGAAAAGGAGGUGCCAAAGGAAAAGGGGGUACCAAAAGAAAAGGAGGUGCCAAGUCCCCAAACAUAUGCUCAAGCCGCAUCAAAAAACGCACCAAAAUCAAAAAAGAAAAAGACAUUAGAUGAAAAGCUUCCCGAGUACAAUGGAAGUUUUGUUUAUGUCGAGCCAGAAAAGUUUAAAAAGGAUAAAAGCUCAGAUGCAGAGCUUGAAAAGUACAGACAUUUGAUAGAUCAAGAUGAAGAUGAUUUAAUGGUAGAGGGAUCUUCAAGGAGAGGGUCUCAAUCAUCAGCAGUAUUGGAUCCACAAACACAGAAGAUUUCCAAUAUGUUAGACGACAAGUACUUUGCAUCAUUUUCAUCAACGGUGAAGCAUAAUCCGGGACAAGUACUACGCUAUGAUUUGAAUGGGAAACCAUUACUCUACAGUGGGAAAGACGAAGUUGCUAAAAAGUUUUUGCUCACGCCCGCUAAUAUACCAAAACCAGGUUUCAAUCCUUCAAGUGAACGUAGAUUUGAAUUUCAGUUGAUGCCAAAGGCCAUCAUGGACUUGGAAGGGUUGGAUGAUAAGGAUAAGGUUGAUAUCAAGGAUAUUCUCAAUGGUAUGAGUUGGGGCACUAUUAUUGUUUGUACAGAUGUUGAAGAUUAUAUUCCCGAGGAACAAUUUGACGAGAAUAAAGUAGGGUAUAUAGAGGAGUGGUGUGGUGUUCAAUGGGAGGAAAGUGUUUAA